AUGGUUCACCAAAUUCUCGGCAAGCAGGUUGGCCUUAUCGGCUUUGGUCUUAUGGGCCUGACUGCGCGUCCUCUACCUGACGAGGACGCUUUCGCCGCCAUUCGCACCGCCCUCGACUCGGGUUGUAACUGGCUCAACGGCGGAGAGUUCUAUGGACCGCCAGAUGCAAACUCACUAGCUCUCAUGCGCCGAUACCUUGAAAAGUAUCCAGAAGAUGCUGAUCGGAUUGUUCUCACCAUCAAGGGAGGCCUGGGCCCUAACUACGUUCCUCUCGGGACCAAGGAGAAUAUUCGCCGCAGUAUCGACGGUUGCCUCGAAACUUUGGGUCCUGUUGGUCGGAUAGCUUCCUUCGAAAUUGGCCGUAAGGACCCCAAUGUUGACUACGAAGAAGACACUCUGGCAGCAAUCAGCGAGUAUGUCAAGGAUGGCAAAAUCGACGGCAUCUCGUGUAGCGAGCUCAACGCCAACACACUCCGAAGUGCCGCAGAGAAGUUCAAGAUUACUGCACUCGAAAUUGAGCUUUCCCUAUUCACCACGGACCCCCUGACCAACGGCCUCCUCGAGGCUUGCGGCGAACUUGACAUCCCGGUUCUUGCUUAUUCACCGCUCGGACGAGGUUUCCUCGGAGGUCAGAUCAAGUCUGUUGAGGAUCUUCCAGCGAAUGACAUGCGUGCCAAGAUCCACCCACGCUGGCAAGGCGAUAACUUCCGCAAGAAUGUCCAGCUGGUUGAUGAUAUUGAAGCCCUUGCAAAGAAGAAGGGAUGCACAGUGAGCCAGAUCGCCAUCAACUGGCUCUUAUCACUCUCUCGUCGCCCAGGGAUGCCUACGAUCGUGCCCAUCCCUGGCUCUACCAAGCCCGACCGUAUCCGUGAGAACGCGACAAUCAUCGAUCUUACAGAGGAGGACUUGCGCGAUAUCGACAGGUUACUUGCAUCUUUUACGCCUGCCGGUGACAGAUAUCCGCCUCAACACAUGAAAUACGUCAGUGCUUAG